CAUUGUUCUGGUACUGCGCUUGAUGGCGUACUAGUUGGACGACGACGUCGGGGGUCGUUUCCUCGGUUUCGAAACUGAUGCUGACUUUUUCCCAUGGACACCGAUGCCGUUCGCUUCAGUUCUCGUUUGAGCGUCUUGCCGGUUGGUUCGGUUUCUUUCGGAAGCAGUGAGCUCUCCUGGACUGUCUGUCUGUCUGUCUCCGGUGGUGAGGAUAAAGAGUGUGUGGCUUGUUGAUGGAAGUGAAAUAAAAUACAAACACGGAGAGUUAAGGAAUGUUGUUGGGUUGUUACCGCGCGAGAUGAGUAAUGGGACGGGUUGAAGGAGAUGAAAGUGAUUGCCAUAAAUAACGCACGCGUUUAGCAAGCAUUCCAACUAAGUGCAUUUUUAUUUGGAUCGUAGGAAGUUUGCUGGAUAAACGAACGAGGAGUUAUUAUUAAUGUACACAGAGCGUGAGAAAGGCGGGAAAACAUAAACUGUGCUCACCGGUCGGAGGACAGGUGUUGAAGAAUGUGUUCAAUAAAUAUGAAGUUUGUUUUGGCUACGAUGAUCAGAAGAAUCGACGAAGAUGCGUCAGUGAAUCAGAAGCGAAGCGUAAAAGAAACCAGCGAGAGUUCGGUUUGUUUGUUUUGUGCGCGCAUUUUCCGAGAUGAAAAGCGGGAAUGCGUGGCAUGAGGAAUGACAGUGUGAAAAGACAAUUCGCGGCAACUGUGAGUCUGUUGAUGUCGUUGGGCGGAAAAUAGGUGACCAUCAUUUGAGUUUGUUUAUUGGUACGGCUGCUGAGGCAGGAAAACAGAACUGUUAGACGAUUCCCCUGUAAAUAUUGACAAGAGGGGUGGUAAAUUCACUGAAAUUGCAAUUAUCACGUGUGAAGGUGUUGAAAAUGGAGUGGAACGAUACCGUUGGUAGUGACAAUGCUAGUGAGAUUUACACAAUGGAUACCGUUGGACCAGCGUCGACAACGGUGACGACAAUGAUGGUUCCAGCAAUGGCUCCACCGGCCGUAGGGCUUACUUUCCCAUCGGAUCUGUUGACCCUGAUCCGACAGACUGCAACAGGAUCCGCGUCGUCCAAUUUGUCUUAUUUGCUGAGUAACAUUACCCGAGCCCUGUCUUCGCCAUCGAAUGAGUUCAAUUUAUCACGGCGCUUUCCGCUCCAUCCGUUCUUUCCGCUGUACAACGAUACGGUGUUCGAGUCGUGCCCGUCCAUUCAGAUGCCGAUAGGGAACCUGAUCUCAAUGAUCCUGUACGCCAUAGUGGGCCUAAUUGGACUGUUUGGAAACACACUUGUUAUCUACGUGGUGCUGCGCUUCUCCAAGAUGCAAACAGUUACCAACAUGUACAUCCUAAAUCUGGCCAUAGCAGACCAGUGCUUCCUAAUAGGCAUACCGUUUCUCAUCAUUACGAUGCACCUGGGCGAGUGGACGUUCGGUAAUACCAUGUGCAAAGCGUACAUGGUGUCUACCUCGAUUACACAGUUCACCUCGUCGAUAUUUCUCUUCAUCAUGUCUGCAGACCGGUACAUUGCCGUGUGCCAUCCCAUCUCAUCGCCACGGUUUCGAACGCCGCUGGUAUCGAAGAUAGUUUCGUUUUUUGCAUGGACGACCUCUGCCUUGAUAAUGCUACCGGUGAUGCUGUACGCCAACACGGUCCAUCGCGACAAGGGCAAAAUAUCCUGCAACAUUGUUUGGCCAUCGGAAAACGCAAGUAACUCGGGCACAACCUUCACGCUCUAUUCGCUCAUCCUGGGCUUUGCAGUUCCCCUUUCCCUCAUACUAAUGUUUUACUAUCUGGUGAUCCGCAAGCUACGCACAGUGGGACCCAAGAGCAAGUCCAAGGAAAAGAAACGUUCCCAUCGCAAGGUGACCAAACUGGUGCUCACCGUCAUCACAGUUUACGUUCUCUGCUGGCUACCCUAUUGGAUUUCCCAGGUGGCGCUAAUUAAUUCGCCUCCGGACAUUUGCAAAUCCCGUCUGGAAAUUACCGUCUUCGUUCUAGUAAGCUGUCUGGGUUAUUCCAACUCGGCCAUGAACCCAAUCCUGUACGCCUUUCUGUCUGACAAUUUCAAGAAAAGCUUUCUCAAAGCGUGCACUUGCACCAAGGGCAAGGAAAUCAACGCCCAACUACAAAUCGAGAACAGCUUCUUCCCUCGCUUUGCCAGAAACCGAGGCUCGGAGAGGGGUAACUCAACGAAAAUCCUCCAUCCCGGACGGCAGAAGGUUGGCGAUCAGACUCAUCCCAACGACACCGUCAACAACAACAACACCCAUAACCCCAACGCCAACAACGGUUCCAGUCGCUGUUCCGGACCAGGCGGCCCCAUCAGCAACACCAACACCAACGGUAACACCACAACGACGACGAUGACGACCACCACGACGGGAGUAAACGGCGGAAGCUCCAGCUCGAAUGUGGUGCCGAUUGCCAGUAAAAUUCUCGACACCAGCUCCCGACCUCCCGUGUUGCACACGGAUUUAUAAGGCCCUGUAUUUCCUCCAGCGCGCCGGCAACUAAGUCAGACCCCGGAGCAUUUCAUUGGAAGCCCACGGGGUGCCUGCCGGCUGUAAUUGCAUGCUCGGUAUGUGCAUGGUCAUGGUCCGGAAGAAAUGAUACCUACUUACUUCUAAAAGAUCGAAUCUGUCAUGGAAAACAUCGAAGUAUAAUAUAUCAAAACCAUUAGUGAAGUAAUCAGCAGCCGUUUUCCUCUUCAAAUAAUAAGAAAACACCUUCAGAUAGAUAGGAAGCAACUUCCGGGAAUAUCAGAAAUACUUGUACAAAGCUGAAAAAGGAUCAUAAUGAGGAGCGGCUGGAAAACAACAGAUUAGUAGCUAUCAGAACUCAAACGAAUGAGAAAAAAAAAUCGUAAUGAUUAAGUUUGGGUCCCACGCGUGGAUCCGCACAAACUGAAAAACAAACAAAGCACUUGCACAAAAAUAGAAUGCCAUUAGGUACAUAGAGAAAAUUAGCGCGGAUCGAGUGUGAUGAAAUGUAUCAAUUUGGUCGACGGGAAAGCGGUGGAUGCGAACCGAAAUUAAUUGAACGUCGGCAAAAGAAAGAGGUCCCCGCUAAACGGAGCCCUUUUUGGCGUCCUUUUUCUUUUGCCCGGAAUGUUGAGACUGCGAUGCGGUUGAGUGUACUCCAAUUAAUGGGAAAGGGGAGGAAAAAAAAGAGACAGGGGAAGGAUCCUUCGUAUUUGGUUUGUGAAAUAUGGGACUUUAAAUCUAGUAGCCUUAAGUCUGUGAAUAUAUUUGUUAGGAAUUUUGAAAACGAUUGAUAGAUAUAACGUUUCCUCAGAGUACACAUACACCCACAAAAGAUGAAUGAUAAAAAUAAUGGCGAAAAGUGAUCAAUUUAAUAAAUUUACUAUUUUGGAUCGAAGUUGGAAGCGUGUUUGAGUUUGAGAAAGAAUUCCACUUAGCUAAGAAGCAG